CGCCAGAAACUUUUCAGGAGUGGGAGGGGGCAGAGAGGAAGACCCUUCAGCUGACCCAGUCCUAGGGGUAGGAGGCCCAACCCACAGGUAAGGGGAGAAUUUUUUCUGGAGUUGGGAGCCUAUAGAUCUCCUGGCUCUGGGAGCGCGUGACAUUAGCUCAGUUCCUGGAGAGGUCACGAGUGCUCUGUGCAAGCUUGAGGCGGGAGAGCAGCAGUCGCGACCUCUCAGGACUUUCCACGGGUUCUGGCUUCUGCUGCUGCUGUCUGGAACGCAGGUAUGGUGUCAGAGGAGGAGAUCCGAGCCAGGCUGGAGCGGGCCGGCCAGUCCCAUCUCCUGCGCUUCUGGGAUGAGCUGGAGCCGGCCGGGAGGGCGUCCCUGCUCACCGAGCUGGCCCUGCUGGACCCCGACGAGCUGAGAGAGCACUGUCAGCAGGCGGCCGCGGCCUGCGCCCGGGAGCAGGGUCCUCUGGAGCACCUGGAUUCCAGGAUGCAGCCGGUACAGCCCGAGUUCUUGGGCAGCGUGCGCAAGAGCGACCCGCAGACCCUGCAGCGCUGGGAGGAGGAAGGUUUCCACCAGAUUGCUCAGAACAAGGUAGCUGUCCUCCUACUUGCUGGGGGGCAAGGCACUCGGCUAGGAGUGUCCUACCCCAAAGGCAUGUACCGGGUGGGCUUACCUAGCGGGAAGACACUGUAUGAGCUCCAGGCUGAGCGCAUCCGCCGCGUGGAGCAGCUGGCUGGCCACAGACACAACACAAGCUGCACUGUUCCCUGGUACGUCAUGACCAGUGAGUUCACUCUAAAGCCAACAGUUGAGUUUUUUAAAGAAAAUGACUUCUUCCAGCUGGAUCCAGCCAAUGUGAUCAUGUUUGAGCAAAGGAUGUUACCAGCUGUGACCUUCAAUGGCCAGGCCAUCUUGGAGAGGAAGGACAAGAUUGCAAUGGCCCCAGAUGGCAAUGGUGGUCUGUACCGAGCCCUGGUGGACAAUAAGAUUUUGGAAGACAUGGAACGCCGUGGGAUAGAGUAUGUCCAUGUAUACUGUGUGGACAAUAUUCUUGUUAAAAUGGCUGACCCUGUCUUCAUUGGCUUCUGUGUGCUGAAGGGUGCAGACUGUGGAGCAAAGGUAGUGGAGAAGGCCUACCCCACAGAGCCUGUGGGUGUGGUGUGCCAGGUAGAUGGCAUUUAUCAGGUGGUAGAAUACAGCGAGGUAGAAGAGGAGACAGUACAGCGUCAGGAUGAGAGCGGGAAUCUGGUCUUCAACGCAGGCAACAUCUGCAACCACUUCUUCACUCGGAGCUUCCUUCAGAUCGUUACUAGGGAAUUUGAAUCUUUGCUGAAGCCACAUGUUGCCAUUAAGAAAAUUCCUUUUGUGGAUGAGGAUGGAAAUCUGGUCAAGCCUCUCAAACCGAAUGGUAUAAAGAUGGAGAAGUUCGUGUUUGAUGUGUUCCAGUUCUCAAAAAAGUUUGUUGCAUUUGAAGUCCUGAGAGAAGAGGAAUUCUCUCCCCUAAAAAACUCAGACUCGGCCAACAAAGACAAUCCUACCACUGCCCGGCAGGCCCUUUUAGCUCAGCACUACCGCUGGGCUGUGCGGGCUGGUGCCCACUUUGUGGAUGAAAAUGGAGUCAGGAUCCCAGAGCAACCCAGUACUCUGGGAACCGAAAACCCUCCAGUCCUCUGUGAGAUUUCUCCAUUGGUGUCUUAUUUUGGGGAGGGUCUGGAAGUAUACCUGAAGGAUGAGGAACUUCACUCACCUUUUAUACUUGAUGAAAACAAGGCAAAACUUCUGGAAAAGGCUUGAUUCGUUUUAAGACCAAAUCAAAUCUGUCUUUGGGUCCAUCAGCAUGAAAUUGGUUUUUGAUUUGAAUAAGAGAUGAAUAUUUCUGGAAGCAGUGCUGCUCAGCCUUGGGUACUAGACUUUAGUAAGAAAUAUAUUUAUGAUGAAAUAUAAAUGCUAAAAUUUAUUUUGCCAAGUGUAGUUGGCUUUUUAUUAUCUAGGGCUGAUCAUUUGAAUCCUGUUCUCUUCCUGAAAUGUGAAAUAACUUCUAUAAAGCAAAAAAACAAAUAUAUAUAUUCCUUUCUCAUUUCUGCCUCUUUAUCUUCCCGAGGCUAAAAUCUUGCUCUACUGAUCAGUUCUGUUGAGAUUUUUUAUAUUUCUGAAUUUUUGCUAAAUUCCUUCAGGCAUUCAGUGGAGCAUAUCCAGGCUGCUAAGAAAGAGUUGGAUCCUAAAGGCAAAAUGAUAAUGUGUUGAUGUUAUGACUUCCUGUGAUUAGUCAUCCUGUCUUUCACAAGCUCAGAGGCUGCCCCCUGUCCUUGUACUGGGUUGCAGAUUAAUUUCAUGAAGAUCAUUAUUUGGGUGCAUUUGCCCCUGGUUCAUGGUGCCUUGUAGGCCAGCAGGCCUUCCACUUCCUGCUAAUCUAAAAACCUGGGUCAAAUGGAAAGACAGCUGCUAUUAUUCCCUUGGCUUUGGUUCUCAGCCCAGAAGGAAAUUGUCUGAAGAACAGAGGAAGAAAUCCAGGGUCUAGUCAGGGCCCCCAGCAGCUCUGCAAUAAGACCUUCUUAGAAAUCGAGAAACACCUUCAGCUGCGAAACCAUAAACAAGGGGGCUCUUUCUGUUUUUCUGUCUCAGUGAGCAAGGCCCUGAGCUGCGUCGUAUCUGGCCUUGUGAUCCCAAGCAAAUUGCUUGGUAUGCCCGCAUUCUGCCUUCUUUCACUCUAAGUAGUGGAUGGUGCUAUUUACUACCUCUUGAGGCUGUUGUGAGGAAUAAAAAAGAGAAUAAACCUUGUACAAACAGCACUAUUUAAUUACCCUUUCCAUUUUUUUCCUUGCAAAACCUUCCCCUGGUGUUUUGUUCAGUGGUUGAUUCCUGCCUGGUGCCUUAGGCUCAUGCAGACAGGAGCUAAUUACUCUUUCCCUUUUCUAAUCAAUUUACCCAGUGGAAGGAAAUUGCCAUGAAUGGAACCAGUUUUGACUCUAAAUCCUGGUGGUUCCAAAAGAGAUGGGUGAAGGUUCAGGCUAGGACUAGGGAGGCAGACGUUAUUGGGAAAGAUAAGCCUGUGGGAAUUUUCAAAAUUUCCCUCUUCCCAUAACCCUAAGCAAGCUGGCCUUCACAGGUAAUGAAGCCCCCGAGGAAGCUGGCUACUCUGUAGUUCCACCCUAUGUCUGAGGUAGAAGGCCAACUGGAGUCUGUUAGCCUGGAGCACCCACAAGCGGUGUCAGAUACAGGAACAUACUCUGGAGCGCAGCCACUGUUGGAGCAUUCUGGAAAAGAUUAUUAUUAUUUUUUAAAAUAAGCUUUAAUGACAACAAACCUCCAACUCCCAAUCCAAAUAACUGCAUGUAUCUUUUUCUAUAUAAAUGUAUAAAUUCAGUCAAUUUCCUGUUAUCAAUUAUGACUCUUUUAAAGAAAUGUUUUAUUCAUAUGUUUUGGUUUUUUUAUCACAGCCAGCUAUGAAUCUAAAAAAAGCAAAUUGCCUUAUCUUUUGUUUUAACUCUGAUUAUGCCAGACUUUGAUAAAUAAAGAUUUUAUUUCUACCAGCA